AUGUCGGGAAUGAAUAGUGAUCAGCUGCAUCGCUCCACCUUGGGGAUUUACUCGAGCUUGAUUAAUGAGUUCAACCCAGGCCUACAGAAACUGGUUUCACUGGGGAACAGUUACGUCCAAGCCUUCAAGACUCUUGCUGCGACAAGUGACGCUUACUUCAGCGCACUUUCAAAGAUUGGGGAGAGAGCUUUCCACACGGCAUCAUCACGCUCCAUAGGAGAUGUCCUGAUUCAGGUUUCUGAGAGCCAGCGAAGACUCACCUUAGAACUAGAGGGAUUAUUCCGCUGGUUCAGUUCGGAGGUUCUUGACUCCAUGGAAAAAAAUGUCCGAUUAGACAGAGAUUACUUAUUGGGCAGCAGGGAAACAUAUGAAAUGCAAUUCCGCAGCCAGGCAGCAGCUCUGGAGAGACUGAAGAGGAGACCCAGCCAGGGUGGUAGUGAGUAUGCGGACUUCCUCAGGGAGAGCCAUAACCAGGCUCUGCAGGAGGAAGAGAGAAGAUACCGCUUCCUGGCAGAAAAGCACUGUGGCCUGAUAGAGUCCUUCACCAAACUCAUGAAUAAGAACGGGGGUACUCUCCAGCAGAAAGCUGCUGCCUGGACAGAAGAGGUUGAUGCCACCAGACGACCGGAGGCCCACAGACCUGCAACUUUGGACAACAUUGUGGGAAUGAGGGAGGAGGAAAUCAGAAGGAGCAGAGACGAGAUGCCCCUCGGCAAAAUACCAUCAAGAGCCCCGUCUCCACAGGGAAGCAUUUUUCGCUUUGGAGCAGACUCAGCAGGAGGUGGUGGUGGUGGUGGAGGACGAGUCAUGAAGGCCCGGGUGGCCCACCAGCCUGCUGGCUCCAACCCCACCUUGCUGUCCUUCAACAGGGGACAGAUAAUUAAUGUGCUGGUCCAACAGCCCAGGAACGGCUGGCUGUUUGGACGUGCCGACAACAGCCCACGUCAAGGAUGGUUUCCAGCCUCAUUUGUGGAAGCAGUGGACGAUCCACCAGUGUCACCCGCCCCCAGUAGAACAACUCUCAGGAGCAACAGCAGCAUGAACAGCCUGCCCGACCAACCAAGAGUCAGCAGUCAGAGUGGGGCCGCGCCCCCUCCUCCACCACCACCGCCGCCACAGUCAUCGCAAGUGAAUGACUCCCGACCGCAGCUCUUCCCAAAGGGUACCAAUCCGUUCGCCACGGUUAAGCUGAAGCCCACGUCCACCAAUGACCGAUCGGCUCCACGUUUAUAUCGAAGAUGA